AUGCGGCGGUCCGCGCUCGAGGUGCUCGCGCGCGCGGGCGCGUCCGCGGCGGCGGCGGCUUCCGCGCCGCCCCCCGCGCCGUCCGCGCUUCUCGCGCUCGUCGACCGCGCGGGGAGCGUCCGUCGCUGGGCCGCGACGACGUCGUCGUCGUCGCCUCUCGUCGUCGCGAGAGGCGUCUCGCGCUCGCCGCCGUCGCUCGCGUCGUCGACGCGACGCGCCAGCUCCAGGGCCAGGGCCGGCGGCGUGUACGGCCCGUACGCCAUCAAGCAGCCGAAGCGCACGGAGUCGCUGCGCGUUCCCGCGCGCGACCCGCUCGCGGGCGCCCCCGGCGAGGACCCGCUGGCGGCGACGCGCGCCGAACGCGUCGUCGGGUUUUCGUCGUGGACGAUGACGUACCUCGCCAUCGCGGCGCUCUUCGUCGUCCCCGAAGCCUUCUCGUGCUUCCUCGAGUAUCAAUAUCAGCCGAAGCACGAGGUGGGGUCUCUCAUCGAAAACUGGAGCGCGACGAAGGCGGUGUCCGUCGCGAAGUUCGUGCAGCCGGAGACGCUCCAGGAGCUCCAGAGGGCGGUCGAUUGGUUUCACGGCAACUUCCGAAAGCUGCGUCCGGUGGGCGCGUCGCUCUCCCCGAACGGCGCGGCGUUCUCCCCGGAGGGGAUGGUUUCCCUGACGCUCAUGGACAAGGUUCUGAGCGUGGACAAAGAGAAGAUGCGCGUCACCGUCCAGGCUGGGUGCACGGUGCGAGAUCUCGUGGAGGCGCUGCGGCCGCACGGGUUGACGCUUAAAAACUACGCGAGCAUCCGAGAGCAACAGAUCGGGGGGUUCACGCAGGUGGGCGCGCACGGCACGGGCGCGACCGUGCCGCCGAUCGACGAGACCGUCGUCGGGAUGAAGCUCGUGACCCCGGGGAAAGGGACGCUGGACCUCACGAUCGAGGACACGCCCGGGAUCUUGAAGAUGGCUCGGUGCGGGAUCGGGUCGCUCGGCGUCGCCGCGGAGGUGACGCUGGAGUGCGUCCCCGCGGAGCGACUGCUCGAAGAGACGUUCACGGCGACGCGGGCGGAGAUAGAGAAGAAUCACGCGACGUGGCUGAAACGUUUCAAGCACGUGCGUUACAUGUGGAUCCCGCACACGGACGUCGUCGUCGUCGUCGGGUCGAACCCGAUACCCGCGGAGGCGCCGACGCCGGAGCCGACGACGGCGUUUCCCGAGGCGAAGAAGGUGGAGCCCAUGGCGCGUCUGCUCAAGCGGCUCAACCCGGACGUGGACGUGACCGGGAUGGGGUUCGGGGAGCUGCGGGACGAGCUCCUGAAGAUCGACCCUCUCGACUUGAAGCACGUGAAGCGCGUCAACGCCGCGGAGGGCGAAUUUUGGAAGCGAAACGCCGGCACGCGCUGCGACUGGAGCGACCAGAUCCUCGGGUUCGACUGCGGCGGGCAACAGCACGUGUACGAGAUCGCGUUUCGAACCGGCGACAGCGUGGAGACGAACGACGGGAGAGACCUGGCGUACAUGAAGGACUUACUCGAGAUGAUCGAGCGCGAGGGCAUCCCCGCGCCCGCGCCGAUCGAGCAGCGGUGGAGCGCGGGAAGCUCGUCGCCGAUGUCGCCGGUGAGCAACGACGGCAAAGACGACGCGGGCCCCGGGCUGCACAGCUGGAUCGGCAUCAUCAUGUACUUGCCCACCUCCGUGAAGGAGACGCGCGACGAGAUCACCGCCGCGUUUAAGGCGUACGCGAAGAGAGAGGAGGAGCUCUUGGGGGAGAAGUACGCGAUCCGGACGCACUGGGCGAAGAUCGAGAGCCCGGGGUGGUACCGCGGGAAAACCCUCGAGGGCGCGGACGGCUUGUUGAAGUACGACGAGGGAGAGCACAAGGCGAGGGCGAGAGCGCCCGAGGUGGCGAGAAGAGAGCUCGAAGUGCGCGAGGAGAAGGAACUCGAGGCGAACGGGAAGAAACUCCCCGACGCCGUCCUCGAAGCUCGCAAGGCGGACCACGAGAAGCGCUUGGAGCGGCUCGGACGGGAGGCGGGGGCGGCGUAUCGCGAAGAGCAAGGAAAGAUCCUCGAGGAGGUGGUGCGAAUGCGGCGGACGCUCGCGCGGCGGUACCCGGUCGACAGCUUCAACGCGUUGCGACAAGCGCUGGACCCGAGAGGCAUUCUCGCGAACGCGAUGAUCGAGAACUUCUUCGCGCCGAUCGACGCCUACGCGUCUCAGAGUACCUCGCAUAAAAAGACGCUCGACGACGGCUUCGUCGUCGACGCCGCCCCGCCGGAGUUUAUUCUCGCGAUCGGCCGCACGCUGAAACGCAUAGAACGAUUUUGGAAGCCCGGGUCGGUGUGGAGCUUUGGCGGGCUGCUGUACGACUUCGAGACGGAGCCGAGAGCGACGAAGACGAGCGAGAAGGAGAAGAAGGUGCUGGAAGCGAUCGACGAUUUUGUGGUCGGGCGCGACGCGUUUCCGCUGCGGGAAGUCGUGGGCGUACGAGGUGCGUUACGGCGCGUCGACGCGCGCGCCGUCGUGAACAGCGACGCGGAGGAAGAGAAGAGGAGGAGGACGGAGACGGAGACGGAGACGGAGACGAAGACGAAGACGAAGGAGGAGGUCGAGGUCGAGUGA